UCUCUCACUCUCACACACACAGCGAAUAUAACCAGAACCGAGAGAGAGAGAGAGAGAGGGAGAAUCUGAGCGAGGGUGAGAGCAAUUGGGGUUGUGAUUUGGAGAGUGGAGGAGCAAGAGGAAGGAGAAGAAGUAACAUUUUCUUAUCCAAUUCAAGGCGUUCUUUUGGGUGGUCGGAUUUGAAAUUUCCGACAACAUGUUGGAGGGUCCGUCCUAUCUUGUGUCGAGGGACUUGCCGAGCUCAUGUGAGCAAGAGAGCAAGUGGAUUUAUAAUACUUUCCGUGUGAUUGAGCUGUCAAACAGCAAUUGCCGAUUGGAAGAUGGAGAAGAAAUUUCAUUGAAGAAGUCAUGCAACGUGCUCUCAAACAGCAACUGCCAAUUGGGAGAUGGAGAAGAACUUCCACCGAAAACUUCAUGCAACACUCUCUCAAACAGCAAGCGCCGGUUGGAAGAUGGAGAAGAAAUUCCUCUGAAAAAGUCAUGCAACCUAUCAGAUACUCAUGAGGUAGAGGGACCAGUUACGGGUUUCCCUGAUAUUUUCCUUGUCCCAGCUGAUCAACCAGAUGACCAGCAGCUCACAGGGCAUCAGUCAGACUCAGGUUCACUUAUUCACCAACUGGGUAGGGACAUCUCAAUUAACUGUCUAAUGCGCUGCUCUAGGUCUGAUUAUGGCUCAAUCGCUUCACUGAAUCAAAGCUUUCGGUCUCUGAUUCGGAGUGGAGAGUUGUAUAGGCUCAGACAGCAAAUGGGUAUCAUUGAGCAUUGGGUUUACUUCUCUUGCAGCCUCCUUGAAUGGGAGGCAUUUGAUCCAAGUCACCGCCGUUGGAUGCAUUUGCCUAGAAUGCCUUCAAAUGAAUGCUUCAUGUGGUCGGACAAGGAGUCGUUGGCUGUUGGAACCGAACUUCUUGUUUUUGGGAAGGAAAUAACUUCCCACGUUAUUUAUAGAUAUAGCAUUUUGACAAACACGUGGUCAUCUGGCAUGAGGAUGAAUACGUCCAGGUGCUUGUUUGGUUCUGCCAGCCUUGGGGAAAUCGCAAUUCUAGCUGGCGGUUGUGACCCACGUGGCAAUAUCUUGGACUCGGCUGAGCUUUAUAAUUCAGAAACAGGGACUUGGGUGACCCUUCCAAACAUGAACAAAGCGAGAAAAAUGUGCUCUGGGGUAUUUAUGGAUGGGAAAUUUUAUGUUAUUGGUGGGAUUGGAGUUGGCAACUCAAAAUCGCUUACAUGUGGUGAGGUGUAUGAUCUGAAAAAGAAGAAAUGGAAUGUGAUACCUGACAUGUUCCUUAUACGAAAUGGAGAGGCUGGGGUGAAUGAGGCACCUGCUGCAGCUGAGGCACCUCCUCUAGUCGCUGUUGUAAAUAAUGUGCUGUAUGCAGCAGAUUAUGCACAAAAGGAGGUGAGGAGAUAUGACAAAGAGAGGAACUUAUGGGUCACAGUUGGGAGAUUGCCUGAGCAGGCAGUCUCAAUGAAUGGUUGGGGAUUAGCAUUUAGGGCUUGUGGACAACGGUUAAUUGUUAUUGGUGGACCUAGGGCUUUAGGUGAAGGGAUGAUUGAGCUUAAUUCUUGGGUCCCUAAUGAAGGCCCACCACAAUGGGACCUGCUAGCCACAAAGCAAUGCGGCAGUUUUGUGUAUAAUUGUGCUGUGAUGGGAUGCUGAGUUGUCCGGUGUAGGCGAUACGGCUAUGAUGUGUGGAGUCCUUUCUGGAUAGAAUUUACAGUUGAGAUGGGAUUCUGGCUCGUGGGUAAUCUCUGCCCUCCUUUUUUGAGGAAAUUUCCCGUUUAAAUUUAGAGUUAUAGAUACUUCCUUAGAAGGAGGUCUAGAGCUUUAUUUUCCUUUUCCUUUUCUUUUUCUUUUCCAUUUUAUAAUUGCUUCUCUACCUUCCCUUUCUUUUUUAGUUACCAUGAGAGCUUUUCAAAGGUUGGCAUUAUGUAGAACAGGCACAGGUGAAUAAUCUGAAGUCCUGGUACAUGUUUUAGGUUGUGAACUAUUUGCAUAAGUUUUAUUGAAGCAUUUGCAGAAUUGUAUAA